AUGGCCAAACCAUCCAACACGAAAGAGUUAAAAACAUUUCUUGGGUUUAUCCAAUAUCUCGCAAAGUUUUUACCCAAUAUGGCCGACGUCAGUGCACCACUUCGAAAGUUGUUGGAAAAGAACACAGCAUGGCAUUGGGAAAGGCAACAAGAAGAUACUUUCAACAACUCAAGAGAAUGGCAACCAGUGCUAAGUUAUUACGACCCCAAGAAGCCUGUUACCUUAUCUGUAGAUGCCAGUUCGAAAGGACUUGGAGCAGUGCUUUAUCAAGAAGAAAAACCAGUUGCAUAUGAGCGUUAACACCAACACAGCAAAAAUAUGCACAAAUCGAGAAAGAGACAUUUGGUACAACCAAGUUUCACUAGUUCCUGUUUGGAAAAGUAGUACUUGUCACAUCGGACCACAAACCAUUUGAAUAUAUAUUCAAUAAGCCUCUGCGCCAAGCACCACUUUGUCUACAGAAGAUGCUGUUAGCCCUGCAAAGAUAUCUGCAAGCCUGGCAAAGAGUGGUUCAUUGCUGAUGCCCUAAGCAGAAAUUACCUAGAAGAGACGAAAGAAACACUGGUACAAGAAUUCAAAGUAAAUGAAACCCAUCUGUCCGUACAGCCCACGUACCAAUAUCACCUGAAAAGUACCAAGAAUUCCAGAAAUCCACUGCUGAUGAUGUUGUAAUGCAAGCAGUACAAGAUUGUAUGUCAUUGAAAAUGAACAAAGACAAAAGUAUCGAAGAAACCGCCGUCACCUGCGUUCAAGUAAACAGUCAGAGAAAGAACAGAGGCGUGAUGUUAAACAUUCAAACACCAAAAGUCGAGCGUGAGCAGUGGCAAAGCAAGAACCACAGCCAAGAAUGCAAUUGGACAGUCCAGCCAUGGUAUAUCGACUCGCAACACAAUCCUGUGAUAACAAGAUCUGGACGUGCAAGUAAGCCACCGGGGAGUACUUGA